UGGGAGCAGCAGGCCCGCGGGCGCGGGCUCCGAAAGGGACAGGAACUAGCUGGGCAGCUGGCGACGCCGGCAGGACAGCUGUUAAGGAAGCCCCUCAGAGGAAGGGAUAUCACAGUUGCACAGGAAUUUACCCUUCCUUUUUUUUUUUUUAUUGCCGGUUCCUCCUAGCGAGGAUCUGGACUAGAGCCUGUUAAGGGAACCUCAAUUUCCUCAUCUAUGAAAUGGGGAGAAUAAUUUUGCUUAAAGUCCUUAGGCCAGUGCCUGGGUCUCAGAAGGCUCAGAAGGUACUCACUAUUUUUGUUUUUUAAACCCUGGAGUGCUGCCACUCCCGCUGACUUAAAAAAGAAAGACAACAAUCUCUCCCCCUGUACUUUGGUGGGAGGGCUGAAAAGAAUGGGCUUGACAGCGGCAACUGCUUAUUUCCUCCCAUACCUCUGAGGUUUGAGGAAAAUCCCUUGGUCCACCUUAAAUGCAAGCAGCUGUGUAGCUGGUGCCCCUCCCCCUCCACAGCUGGACGUCCUUGCCUGAGGGCGCCCUCUAUGGGGGCCACUUCUGGCAGAGUCCUGCCCCCAGGACCCCCAUCUUUUCACCAAGUAUGUAUGCCUGUGCACGGAACUGGGUCCAGUGUUUAGUUUUGGGGACCCAGGGGUGACUGAUGAUAGCAGAGAUUUCAGUCUGGCAAGAGACACAAAAGCCAGCAGAUUACUGAAAUAAUGGAGAACUCACCCAUCCAUCCAUCCUUCCAUCCAAUUAUUCUUUCAUUCUUUAAUCUCUGAUGUCUACACCCUGCUGGAUGCUGACUUCGAGGAAGAUUAACACUGACUGAGCCUUCAAAGGGCUUUCUGGUCCACUAGGUUCCAGGUUGUUUUUUUUUUUGACAGUGGGGAGACCCUUCUUUCAAAAGAAAAUCUGAAAUCGUAGGUGGAUCCCCAUAAUAUAAACAUAAAAUUGGAAAUGCUAUACAAAAGGUCGGCCAUUCGAAUCCACCAGGUGCUCCUUGGAAACCAUGUGGAGCAGUUCUACUCAGUCCUAUAAGGUUGCUAUGAGUCAAAAUUGACUCCACAGCAAUGGGGUUUUUUUGGGGGGGGCGGUUAUUCAAAAGAAAGCAGACACAUAACAGUACAGGUGGUAAAAUUCCAGACCAGCAGCAUCUUCACCUGAGAAUCUGUUAGAAAUGCAAACUAUCAGGCCCCACCCAAAAUUCUGAAUCAAAAACUCGGGCAUGGAGCCCAGCUAUGUUUUAACCAGCUCUUCAGGUGAUUCUGACAUGUGCUAAAAUUUGAGAAUUACUGGAAAAUACAUAAGCAGACAAAACUUAUCUAUGCUGUCAGAAAUUAGGGUAGUGGUUACCUUUAAGGAGGUAGUGACAGGCCAGAUGCACAAGGGAGACUUCCUGGGUGCUAGUAGUACUUUGCUGCUUGAUUUGAGUGCUGGUUACAGAGAUGUGCUCAGUUUGGGAGAAUCCAUCAGUUGUGUGUUUUUUUAUUUUAUUGUGAUGAAAAUAUACAUAAGAAAACAUACACUAUCUCAACAAUCUCUACAUGUACAAUUCUGUGACACUGAUUACAUUCUUCAAGUUGUGCACCCAUUCUCCCUAUCCUUUUCCAAGUCUUUCCAGCACCAUUAGCAUAAACUCAAUGCCCCCUAAGCAAAAACUCCCCCUUUCUCCCUCCCACCCACCCCUGGUAACCACUAACAAUCUUUGUGGUUUUGCAACUGACUUAUUUUGCUCAGCAUGUUUCCAAGGUUCAUCCAUCUUGUGGCAUGCAUCAGGGCUUCAUUCCUCUUCGUGGCCGAGUAAUAUUCCACUGUAUGUGAACACCACAUUUUGUUUAUCCAUUCAUCAGUUGUAGGAUAUUUUGGUUGUUUCCACCUUUUGACAAUUGUAAAUAGUACUGCAGUGAACAUUGGUGUACAUGUGUCUGUUUGCAUCACUCAGGUCUUUUGGGUCUAUGUGUGUUUUAUAAUUUAAUAUGAACUUAAAAAGAGAACUGCUCUAGUUGAGUCCUGGGAGGGAGCUAACAAGCCCAUCCAUAAUUCUGCCUUUCUCUCUGUUUUGAGGGAUUCCCAGGGGACCCUAAGACUCCUCAGAAUAAAGUUUGAAAUCAUUGAUCUGUCCCAACCAAGGCCCAGAGAAGGUCAAUGACUUGCCCAAGGUCCCACAGAACCAGCACCAGAACCCAGGUCUCCUGAUUCCCAAGCCAGGGCUCUGGGCACUAUUCUUUCCCACCCCCUUAACUUGGGGCUUGGGAGGAAGGCCAAGACUCUGGUGCGAAUAAUGAUUUUCUUAUCCUGGAGCAACUUCCUUUCUGGGAACUGGGUGUCUCCUUCUGGGAAAAGACAAUAAAAUUCAACCAAGGGGCCAGAGGAGCAGAGUUCCUCCUGCCGCCAACCGGAUGAGCAUCACAUGGCUCCCUGGGUUAGCAGUCCAGGAAAAUUCCAGCCCUUGCACGCUCAACCUCCCACACCUAUCUGCUCACCAGCCUGGUACAUGCAGACUCCUAGGCUUAACUUCAAAAUUCACCAUUGCACCCUCCCUGGCACGCUCCUUUCACCCUUGGCUUCUGCCACCUCUCCCUGGGCAAUAUUGCCAGCGCGUCCAUAACCCCAGAGCAGCAAUCCUGCCCUAUCAUCCACCCCACCUCCACCAUGUCCGUGGGGCCACUAAAAUCCCAGGCAGUGGGCGAAGAGGAUGAAAAGGAUGAAGAGGAGGAGAGCCUGGACUCUGUGAAGGCACUGACGGCCAAGUUGCAGCUGAAGACAUGGUGGCCCUCCUAUCUGGAGUGGACAGCCCAGGUCCAGAGCCAGGCCUGGCACAGGGCCCAAGCCAGACCUGGGCCAGGGGAACCUGGGGCCAUCUGUGGAUUUGACUCAGUGGACUCCGCCCUCGAGUGGCUCCGCCAGGAGCUGAGGGAGAUGCAGGUUCAGGACCAGCUGCUGGCGGGACAGCUGCUGCGACUGCGAAGCCAGCUGCAUCGGCUGAAGGUGGACCAAGCCUGUCACCUGCACCAGAAGCUGCUGGACGAGGCCGAGCUGGAGCUGGAGCUGGAGCCGGGGGCUGGCCUGGCCCUGGCCUCGCCGCUGCGGCACCUCGGCCUCACGCGCAUGAACAUCAGCUCCCGACGCUUCACCCUCUGCUGAGGGUCACCUGCGUGCCUCCCGGGCCACCAGCUGCCUCUUUCCCAGCCCGCCUAGGGUGGCCCAGAGGCCUCAGCACCUGGCCGGGAUGGGGUGGGGUGGAGCGGGGGGGCGGGGCUCAGCUCUCCGAAGUUCUGAGAGCGCAAUGCCCCGGCAUCCUGUCCCCCUCUGCUGCCACAGCUGGGGAAGGGGGGUGUUCAAAACAUCUCCAAAAAAACCCCAGACUCUUCAAUAAACACCCUUUCUGCUUCCCAUCAAGGUCUCUGCAGCUGUUUGUUUUAGGCCCAAGGUUGCCUGUCUGUAGCUGGGACCAGCGAUUCCCCAGCAGGAGAGAAAGCCCCAUGUUGGGAGUGGGGGGGGGGGAGGGGUGAACUGAUGGGCCCCCACCUCCUCCAGAGCUCCAGCUCUAGCUCUCUCCCUCUCUAGAUCAUAUCAAGAUCUGAACUGAAAAAGAACUUAAAAUCCUAAGUCACCCCCACCUGGUAAAAUUGGGAGGCUAUAGAAUACAAGACCUGGUAAAAAACAAGACCUGGUAGACCUGCAUAAAAAGCUAUUUCCCCCAUUUAUUUCUACUAGACCUUACCUCUAUCUAAAUUAGAAGUGAGGAGGUCCCUUAAGCCCUGAAGCUGUUUCUUCACCUCUAAAAUGGAGAUGCGAAUUCUCACUCCGUAAGUAACUAGGCAUGUCUUCAGUGAGAUAAUUAAUGCACGACCCUCAAUAAAUGUGAACUAUCCAUUGCUUAGCAUUACUCUCACCCAGUAGUAUUAUUACUCCUGGGCUGAGGCCCAGGAAUGGCCUGUGAAGAGCUCAGGGUCACACAGCAAGGCCAGCUGAACCCUCUGCCCUGCACGAGGUCCAGAGCCUGGGUUCCAGGCUCUGUGUCACUCUGACAGUAAAUUUUUCUUACUUUGUAUCUCUCAGCCUUUGUUUCUGUGUUACCCUCUUUGUCUGAUUUUCCAAUGCAGGCUUCCUCUUCCCCCCACCCAUUUCCUGUCCUCCCCUUCCCUCGCAGCUGAGGUGCACACAGCAUCAACUUCCACCUCACGAACCCCAACAAUACUCUGUGGGUUCCCCUCCCCCUGCCUGAGCAGACUGAGGCCCAGGCGGUGAUGACGCAUUCACACUUUUCUCUGGUAGGGUCAAGGACCAGCUCUUGAGCCUGACACAGGUCAUGGGUGGCCUGGCCCUCAGCCUAUGAUGGGUGCCACUCUCUGCCUGGAACUUUUUGGCCUGCCUGCUCCUUAUGACAAGGAUCCUGCCUCCUACCUAUAAUAAAGAGUCCCACAAGCCUGAGGCCUGCACCUGGGUGCCUGGGCAGGAGUUUUUGUUCUGUCUUCUACCUGAUGCAGGAGGUGGUGGCAGGCUCUGGUCCUCUAACAGGGGCAGUGGCCUUGCCUCUACCUGAAUUAGAACUGCUGCCCUAUCCUCCAAUCAUAAUUAGUGGCUGCUGGUGUGCCCUUGGGAGCCCCGGGGUGGUACAGUUAAUGUGCUCGGCUGCUUACGAAAGGUUGGAGGUUUGAGUCCACCCAGAGGUUCCUCAGAAGGAAAGCCCAGUAAUCUGCUUCUGAAAAAGCCACUGAAAACCCCAUGGAGCACAGUUUCACUCUGACACAUAUGGAGAUGGCAUGAUUCAGAAUGGACUUGAUACCAAUGGGUUGGUUUUGGUUUGCCCUCUGCCUACAACAGGGAUGGUUUCUGUACCCUCUUGAAGACAUGGAGUUGUCCUGCCUGCUUCUGCAACAGGCUGCUGUCUGGCAUUCUGUAUGUAGGAGGGGUGUUAGCCAUCCCUCUGACUCUCAUAAAGCUAUCGUCCUGUCCCCUGAGUAGGAGAUGGGUGUUGUUAGCCUGUUAUCAUACUGUAACAGGGGUGUUGUUCUACUCUCCAGCUACUUAACAGGGAUAUUGUCCUCUCCUCUGCCUCUGAAGUGAUGCUACCUUGAUCGCAGAUAGUAAUAAAAGGGUCACUUAGCUCUCAGACUGUAACUGCAGGGUGACCUGCCUUUCACUAUAGGCUGAGUGUGUCUCUGCUUGCCCCCUGCUCACUAGGCUCAAAGGCUGUCCUUGAAUCUCUUGCCUAGGCGCACCCUGGGGGGCAGGAGGGGAGGCCCCAUCAAAGAUUCUCACUUCAACUUUUAUCCUUCAAGUAUCCACUCUGAGAACCUGCCCCUGGAGAUAUAUAGGACCCCUAGGGCUGAGAGGUGGAGGGC